AUGAAGAAUCCACAGUUGAAACGAAGUCCGGCUGUCCGCUGUGUUGACUGUUUCGCAUCCACAAAGUUUGAUUUCAAUCCUGCUAGCUCCACGAUCGCCUCUGCGGUGGAGCAGACCUUCUCCACCCGAAAUCGUGAUUAUGCGCUGGAUUCAGCAAGGGCGCUCUUCAAACAACAACAUUUUGACCUUGAUGAAGCAUUCAAGAAGCGCAAAGAACAUCCUUUCCAGCCCAAGGUCCACGCAGAAGUAUUGAUGGCUGAUCACUUCUUUCGUCGCAUCACCCUAUAUGCCGAGACCGCCCACCUAGCCUUCCAAAACUCAAAGGCAAUUGCAGACAUCGCUCUACAAAAGAUCCUAACACCAAAGCUCUUCUGGAGACUUCCCCGCGAGUUCUCCCUAUCGCCUACCCGAACUGCGCUAGAGGACGACUUGCAACAGGACCAGGAUUACUUGCAGCAGACGAGGGGGAGAAGCAAGACUAGAGCAACCGAAACCCAACAACAAAGCCUAGCCUACUUCCUUACCCAGAAUGUGCAACAAGAGCCGAGCUCCUCACCAAGGCCCUAUACCGCCAACCUGCAAGGCGCGGGACUUGUAAGGACAGUCUAUCGCACCGCAAUGGACAAAAUCCACAAGGCCCGCCUUGCAAGAGUCCAGCAAAAGCUGUCACAAAGACAAGAGGCAGUCCGGAUGGAGAACGGAUCCUUCCUUGGAAGAAGAUGGCUCUUUGCCCUACCUACAUCACAACCCCUACUCCUUGCAGACAUGGACAUAGCGGCAGCCUUAUCGAUCCACCUUCUGACUGCCCCAGAAGAUGAACAAGACGUUUGUAGGCACUGUAAUAGGGACUACACCUUUGGCCAUGGAGACGCCUGCCGCGCAAGGACCCGCCAGACUACAGUGAAACACGACAAGAUCUGCCAGGCCCUUGCAACAGCCCUCCAGACGUGCCCUGAGAAUAAAGUCUUCCUUGAACCCCAAGGUGACUAUAGAGGAACUAGGACAGACAUCCGAAUCGACAACCCAAGAGGCUCAGUCUUUCUAGACAUCUCCGUCAUCUCCCUUACAAAGGAAUCGGCUAAGAAGGACCCAUAUGACACACUUGCAACAACGGAGCAAGCAAAGAAGAACAAAUACCGAAACCUAGGCCAGGCUCUUAAGCCAUUUAUCCUUAGCCAGGGAGGCCUACUAGGAAGAGAGACCUCGCAAACCUAUAAGGGGUUGCAACAGUCCCUCUCACCUAGUAUUACUGAAUGGCUAGACAAGUAUAUCUCUACCGUACUCGUCCGUCUCCGAGCGAGAAACUGGAUGGGAUACGGAAUUAACUUGGGCCUAGGCCUACUAGUUACAACUAACACGCCUAAGAUCUAA